AUGGAGUGGGCAAAGCAGACGUACAACGAGCAAUAUGAGGUUUGGAUGCCCUGGAUCGAGGACAACUUCCUGAAGUAUUUUACCAAGGAUAACAAAGCUAGCUACGCGACUAAAGAACAACUAGACAAGGCCAAAGUUACCAAUAUCGAGCAGGUAGAUACCCUACAAGAUGGUGUACACGGCGUAGUCGCUGGGCAAGUAGGCCAAGGCGGAUUGCUACAGCCAGUUGGUGAUCUAGUAUCAAAAGAGGGUCUCAAUCGCGCCGAGCGAGGCGGAAAAGACGAGCAGGGCGGAAUCCUACCUUCUUCUAUUCCCGGAAUCCCGGGACUCCCUGGCCUAGCAAAAUAA